AUGAGUCUAAGACUCCUAAAUAAAUCACCAUUUCUAAGGUUUCCCAGAUAUUAUUGUACAAAACCUGAACCUACAACAUCCACAUCAAUAACAAAUUUCACUAUAGCUAAAAAGCAAAAAUUAUAUAUAAUUGAUGAAAUCUCACCAGGUUCAAUUUUUUUCUUACCACAUGGUACAAGAAUUCUAAAUAAAUUAAUAAAAUUCAUGAAAUUUCAACAACGUAAUCAUGGAUUUGAAGAAGUUAUGACACCAUUAAUAUAUAAAAAACAAUUAUGGGAAAAAUCUGGACAUUGGUUAAAUUAUAAAGAUGAUAUGUUUCAAGUCCAAGGAACAGACACUGGGAAGGAAGAAUAUGGAUUAAAACCUAUGAAUUGUCCUGGACAUUGUUUAAUUUUUGAUAGGUUUGAUAGAUCUUAUCAAGAAUUACCUAUAAGGUUAUCAGAUUUUAGUUCAUUACAUAGAAAUGAAUCAAGUGGAUCUUUGUCUGGGUUAACUAGAGUUAGAAGAUUUCAUCAAGAUGAUGGACAUAUUUUUUGUUCACAAGAUCAAAUUAAACAAGAAAUUCAAUCAACUUUAGAAUUAAUUGAUAAAGUUUAUAAAAAAUUUGAUAUUUUAGAUUAUAAAUUAUUUUUAUCAACAAGACCUGAAGAAUAUAUGGGGAAAUUAGAAGAAUGGGACCUAGCAGAAGAAUCAUUAAGAGAAGUAUUAGAAUCCACAGGAGCACCAUGGGAAAUUAACGAGGGGGAUGGUGCAUUUUAUGGACCAAAAAUAGAUAUAAUUUUAAAAGAUUCCACAGGAAAAGAACAUCAAUCAGCUACAAUUCAAUUAGAUUUCCAAUUACCACAUAAUUUCCAAUUGAAAUAUAAAACCAAUGAAAAUGGUGUUUUGGAACAACCUAUAAUGAUUCAUAGAGCUGUUUAUGGAUCAUUAGAACGAUUUUUAGCUAUAUUAAUUGAUCAUUACCAGGGGAAAUGGCCAUUUUGGUUAAGUCCAAGACAAGCGGUUAUAAUACCAAUAAAUGAAUCACAUAUAAGUUAUGCAGAAACAAUGGCUAAAGAGAUUAAUAAUGAAGGUGAAGAAGAAAAUUUAAAUGAUUAUAAGUUUUUUUUGGAAUUGGAUAAAAGAAAUGAAACUGUUGGUCAAAGAAUUAAAGAGGCUAUUACCCAAGGUUAUAAUUAUAUUAUAAUUAUUGGUGAUAAAGAAGUUAAAAGUGGUGAAUUGGCUAUUAGAUCUUCUGGUUCAAAGAAAUUACAAGUUAUGAAAUCAGGUGAGAUUAGAGAUUUUUUUAUUGAUUUAGAAAAGAGUUAUAAAUAA